GCGGCGGGCGCGUUAUCAUAGGGCGGCACAUGGCAGCCGCGCGGGGGCGCCGGGCGCGAUUGUCAGUCCCACUCGGAGCGACGUACCGACCGAUCGCCUCGCGCGCCGCUAACGCUCCAACCCGCGAAUCUAACCUCUCCGUAUACGAACUAUUCCAACUUUGUGUUGCUUACCUUCGCGCCCGCAAGCUUUUAAAUUGAAGAAUCCAUUGGUCAAUUAAGUCGCGUUGAACCAUGACACUGCGUUGACAUAGUCGUCAUAAGUCGUCAUAGUGUGUGAAUGUGGUGUUGGGCGCCCCGGCGAGGACUUAGCGGCGCAUGAGCGCGGGCGCCGCCGCAGCGGAUGUUCACGCCGCUGCCCAAGUGGUGGAUCGUGCAGUUUGGAAUGCCAGCAGCUCUUGACCUAACUAGGUACAAGAGCGGGGUGCGCUCAGUGAGGAGCGGGGCCGGCGGCGGCGCGGAAGAGGCGCGGCGCGGCGGCCUCAAGGCGCUGCCGAAGCGCGCCCGCACCCGCUGCAGGGGCAUGAACAUGGGGCAAAAGCUGUCCGGCGGUGUCAAAUCGGUGUCGCGGGAGUGCUCGGCGCCGUACAAGGCGGUGGUCGCGCGCGAGCUGGCGCCCGAGCCGCCGCGGCCGGCGCGCCUCGACGCGCUGCUCGACGCGCCGCCCGCGCAUCCCGAGAUGCAGCUCAAGCAUGCCUGGAACCCGGGCGAUAGAUCACUAAACAUAUUCGUAAAAGAAGAGGACGCGUUAACGUUUCACCGGCACCCGGUGGCACAGAGCACAGACUGCAUCCGCGGGCGUACGGGGUACUCGCGGGGCCUACACUGCUGGGAGGUGGUGUGGCCGUCGCGCCAGCGCGGCACGCACGCCGUCGUCGGGGUGGCCACGCAGCACGCGCCGCUACACUCCGUCGGAUACCAGAGCCUAGUCGGCGCUACGGAUCAGAGUUGGGGAUGGGACCUCGGGAGAAAUAAGGUGUACCACAACGCGAAAGGCACGGGCGGCAGCGGCACGACGUACCCCGCGCUGCUGCGGCCCGACGAGCAGUUCAUGGUGCCGGACCGCGUGCUGGUCGUGCUGGACAUGGACGAGGGCACGCUGGCCUUCUGCGCCGACGGCCGCUACCUAGGCGUGGCGGCGCGCGGCCUGCGCGGCAAGACGCUCUUCCCCAUCGUCUCCGCCGUCUGGGGGCACGCCGAGAUCACCAUGAAGUACAUCGGCGGCCUCGAUCCGGAGCCGCUGCCGCUGAUGGAGCUGUGCCGGCGCGUGAUCCGGCAGCGCGUGGGCCGGCCGCGCCUGCGCGCCGCCGCCGGCCGCCUCGCGCUGCCGCCCGCGCUCACCGCCUACCUGCUCUACCGCGCGCCCUAGGGCCGCGUGCGAGCCGAGCCACGCCGCCGCCGCCGCCCGCUGCCCGGGUGAGGGCCGGCCCAGACUAUUACAACGCCCUACGACGAUACCUUCGUUCGUUCCUUUUUACUCCUCCUAUUUGGUACCUGUUGGUUUUUAGUCGAGAGUACAUGUCCGAAGUCUACUCGACGAUGACGCUGACCUUGAUGUCCUCGGAUUAUCGCGCCGUUCUCCAAAAGCGUUUUUUGAAAAUAAUAUUUUCGACCCGAAACGUUUCCGACAGGAAACUGAGAAAAGUAAAAACAAAAAGACAGACGCCCCUCAAUUUCGAAAGUCGAGAUAUUUACUAAAGUCUUUUCGACAAAAGAUAUAAAAAAAAUAUAAAGUUAGACCGAGACAAAUCUACAGCGAUGUUGAUAACGCAAACGUCAAACUUCUAUGAAAUUAUAGUCUAUGCUAUUUUGAUAUCGUUGCAGAGUUAUCUCGGUCGAACGUAGAGGUAGUAACAGAUAAAACAGGCAAAUAACUUGAGUAAAAAUAAAUGAAUUCAAAGUUCCGGAUGCGGAACCGCCACUUUACGCGAGUGGAAUUCGUAUGUACAAGCUCACGAGCCCGUCCGUAGACUAUGCCCGUGGUUAGGCGUCCGCUAAAUUAGCUCAACAUAGAAAACUUACUCAACGAGACAUCAAGCAACUGCUUCUAUCGCUCAGGUUUAGGAAAUUAGAUAUAAAGAGACUUUGCUUGCAAUGUGACUUACAAACACGCGUGUACGCUCCACGCAGAUACAUCUUUAUCCGACAAGUAUAAUAUUAAGCAUACCUAUCUAUAACGUAUCGAUUCUCGUGUACAAUUUUGCUCCAAUCGAGCAGAAACGGCUAACUAGCUGUGUUUUUAAAGGCAUCCUAUAUCUUGUCCCUCAAGAUGUAUCUGCGUGACGACGGGUUUGUUAAAUGAUAUGACGAAUUGUUACUGAGCGAUAGAAUCUACCAAUCGAUGUCUUCAAAUAGAAGCAUCGUGACGAGUGCAUACGCUAAGAGAACGGUGUUUCAAUGCAGACGUGUAACAUUUAUUUUUCACUAGAACCGUCAGCGCCUAUUCCAAAUGACAUUACCUUGCACUGACUGAUUUUUGUUAAAAUAAAUAUAAUGACGUAGUGGCUAAUAUAAUAGUAACUACGAAUAUGGACGUGUGAAACCUAUAACACCAAACAAAUAUUGAAAACAAUUUGACUAUAGAAGACAUAUUUGAUUAUUUUGAUUUGCAACAUACUUUAAAUUUAUUUUUAUUUCAAUAAUUACUGUGAUAAUAUUUUAUUGAUUAAUCAAAGUCAGAAUUUAUAUAAAUAGUGAUGAAUUAUUUUUUCAAACAUUUGAGUUUGCAACGAUAUCUCCUAUGCUCCGAAAGGGUAUUUCUCAUAAAAUUAAUGUAUAUUGCCUAAUUAAUUUUGAAAGUGUAAUGGUGGGCUAGUUCCGGGUAUCGUAAUAUCGUUACCUCGAAUCGCGACGAAUUGACGAUUUAUAUACGACACUAUUUAUAAGUUAGAUGUGGCAGUAAAUAAUGCGAUGUAUUUACAUUGUCCUGUAAUGCAAGCCGCACGUUUUAAAGCCAUAUUGAUCUCUUAAAUAAUACGAUUUCUGCCGUGACUCUCUCGGGUGAUGGCAGAGAGCCGUGUUUCCUCGUUAAGAAGUAUAUUUUAGAACAACAGGCGGAGCCUCACCGCUCACAGCGUGUCGGCCGCCGCUCUAGGCCAGUGUGUAUCGUUGGCGAUCUUACAAACUUAUAUAGCUCACUAAGCGACUGGUUUAUUUUUUAGUUUAGUACCUUUAAUUCCUAUGUAAAAAACGUGUGAGUGUGUAAUGUAUAUAAUAUACGCAUUAAUCCGCAGGAAGUUAACAUGUCACCCGGGGAUUAUUUUAGAUGUACAUUUCUGAAACUUGCUUUAAGACGAUUCCUAGUAUGUAUUGGUAUGAUUUGCAAGUCGAUCGCUCCUCGUUAAGUCUUCUGUUUUACGACUUAGUAUGUAGAUUGCAAUUAAAGAUAAAUAGUAUCGUGAAAGCACUGUACUAAUCGACUCGUCAGCCAUUUUUGACCCAAAUUAGUUGUAUCGUAACCUAAAAAUGUGUAAGUACUUCCAUUUUAAUAAGAAAGUUUUCGUAUGUAGACGUACGGCAUGUAGGCGUCUCUCGUGGAAUCCACGUUUUGUACGAUGUUGAUAUUCCCAUUUUAUCUCCGAUAUAAAUAUAUAUUAGACGUACGCCGUUUAGUUGACUGUCGUGAGAUGUUAUUUUUUAACGCAGCAUUAUUUUGUAAUAGUCGUCAGAGUUUCAUGUGAAUAUCGACAUGUUAUACGUAAAUAGACGAUGAUAAACUGCCAAAUGCGAUGAUUGUGUGCGUGCGAGAGCGUGUGCGAGAAUGUGUGAGUGUGCGUGAGACGGUGCGUGCGUGCGAGGCGAGGGACGAGUGGCGAGGAAUGUGCGAGGAAGCGCGUUAGAAUGAUAUUUUUGUUGCGUAAGUGAUAUAAUCAUGAUAUACACCAAACUUGAUGUAACUGUUGCCACGGCCCCUUACGAUAAACCCCUCACUGAAGGACCAACGAUUUCUCGUUUCGAAAUACCCAAAGUAUAGUUUGUUUGCAUUCGAAUUCUUUCAUCUUACCUCCCACUUCUCUCUCAUAUCCCAAUAAGGGGUUUACUGUAAAGGAUUGUCACGUUAGUAGCAAAAAGUAACCAUUUGAAUUGUAUGAACCGUCUUUAGUCCUGUAUAUAUAGUUUAUCAUUUUGCGGUGUUUAAUGACUACAUUAUAAGUGGAAAUGCAUUUUAGUUUUAUAAGUUUAGGCAAUAUUUUUAAAAGAUCAUUUCUAACGGAUAACUACGAUUGACAGUCGGAAUCUCUUAGAUACAAUGAUUUAAAAAAAAUAGGAAAACGAUUGGAAUAAAUAUAAAUGGUUAAGAAAAUAAUAAAUGAUAAAGAAUUGAAAA